AGUACGUCAAGCAACGGGGGGCUGGUUUGCGGACUGGUCGCCUCUACAUUGAUAUCCGCCAGCAGGGAGGAUCAGCGCAUUACAUGACUAUGCCUUGGUUACCACGCGCGGCAUCAGGCGCCUCUCUGCUUCGCUCCAACUCCUCCUCUCGCACAGCAUCCCUUUUCGCCUUGCUCGUCCUUGGCCCGCUUGCGACGACCUUGUCGCAUGCCUUUUUAAUUUUCCACGCACGGCCAGGGCCUUCCUCUAUAGCACGCUUGCCUGCUUCCGCCCUUGGCCUUUCUACACCUUUUUGUCUCCCUUCCUCCCUUCGGGCCGUGCCAGAGGGUCUCCUUAACGAUGAUGGAGAGCCCCAGUACGACGCUCCAGCCCGCGCCAAAAUCGAAGAAUUGAUAAAAAACAACAAAAUCGUGCUUUUUAUGAAAGGAACCCGAUUGUUUCCUUCGUGCGGAUUCAGCAACACGGCCAUCCGGAUCUUGGAUCAGUUGAAUGU